UUUUUUUUUUUUUUUUUUCCGCUCCAUUUUUUUUCAAGUCGAUUUUAUUUAGAGGCGGCGCCAGGGCGGCCGCGGAGAAACGUGACACACCAGCCCGCUCGGAGGGGUUUCGGACAGAAGGGAAGGAGCAGCGCCGAGUCGUCCGCCUCCCAGCGCGCCGCGGGCACUUCUCCCGGGCCUCGCCGAACUCUCCCGCGACCUCUGCGCGCCCUCAGGCCGCCCUCGCCGCCGCGGGCUCCGGACAACUUCAGGGGUGGGGUGCGAAGAAAGUUUGCGGCUGCUGCCGCCGGCCUCCCGCCUCUCGGCCUAGGAGGCUCGCCGCCCGCGCCCGCCCGCUCGGCCUUGCCAGGGACCGCGUCCCGCCCCGAGACCGCCACCAUGAACAAGCUGUACAUCGGCAACCUCAACGAGAGCGUGACCCCCGCGGACUUGGAGAAAGUGUUUGCGGAGCACAAGAUCUCCUACAGCGGCCAGUUCUUGGUCAAGUCCGGCUAUGCCUUCGUGGACUGCCCCGACGAGCACUGGGCGAUGAAGGCCAUCGAAACUUUCUCCGGGAAAGUCGAAUUGCAAGGAAAACGCCUAGAGAUUGAACACUCGGUCCCCAAAAAACAAAGGAGUCGGAAAAUCCAGAUUCGAAAUAUCCCACCCCAGCUUCGUUGGGAAGUGCUGGAUAGCCUGCUGGCCCAAUAUGGUACAGUGGAGAAUUGCGAGCAAGUGAACACCGAGAGUGAGACGGCAGUGGUGAAUGUCACCUAUUCCAACCGGGAACAGACCAGGCAAGCCAUCAUGAAGCUGAAUGGCCACCAGCUGGAGAACCACGCCUUAAAGGUCUCUUACAUUCCCGACGAGCAGAUCGCACAGGGUCCUGAGAACGGGCGCCGAGGAGGCUUUGGCUCUCGGGGUCAGCCCCGCCAGGGCUCCCCUGUGGCGGCGGGGGCCCCGGCCAAGCAGCAGCAAGUGGACAUACCCCUGCGGCUCCUGGUGCCCACCCAGUAUGUGGGUGCCAUCAUUGGCAAGGAGGGGGCCACCAUCCGAAACAUCACGAAACAGACCCAGUCCAAGAUCGACGUGCACAGGAAGGAGAACGCAGGCGCUGCGGAGAAGGCCAUCAGUGUCCACUCCACCCCCGAGGGCUGCUCCUCUGCGUGUAAGAUGAUCUUGGAGAUUAUGCAUAAGGAAGCAAAGGACACGAAAACGGCCGACGAGGUUCCCCUGAAGAUCCUGGCCCAUAACAACUUUGUGGGGCGGCUUAUUGGCAAGGAAGGGCGCAACCUGAAGAAAGUGGAGCAGGACACCGAGACGAAAAUCACCAUCUCUUCGCUGCAGGACCUCACCCUCUACAACCCCGAGAGGACCAUCACCGUGAAGGGGGCCAUUGAGAACUGCUGCAGGGCCGAGCAGGAGAUCAUGAAGAAAGUUCGGGAGGCCUACGAGAACGACGUGGCUGCCAUGAGUCUGCAGUCGCACCUCAUCCCCGGCCUGAACUUGGCGGCUGUGGGUCUUUUUCCAGCCUCGUCCAGUGCGGUCCCGCCACCGCCUAGCAGCGUCACUGGAGCGGCUCCGUACAGCUCCUUUAUGCAGGCUCCGGAGCAGGAAAUGGUGCAGGUGUUCAUUCCCGCGCAGGCCGUGGGCGCCAUCAUCGGGAAGAAGGGACAGCACAUCAAACAGCUCUCCCGCUUCGCCAGCGCCUCCAUCAAGAUUGCUCCUCCCGAAACUCCUGACUCCAAAGUUCGAAUGGUCAUCAUCACUGGACCCCCGGAGGCCCAAUUCAAGGCUCAGGGAAGAAUUUAUGGAAAACUCAAGGAGGAGAACUUCUUUGGCCCCAAGGAGGAAGUAAAGCUGGAGACCCAUAUCCGGGUGCCAGCGUCAGCUGCCGGCAGGGUUAUUGGCAAAGGUGGCAAAACGGUGAACGAGUUGCAGAAUUUGACAGCAGCCGAGGUGGUGGUGCCCAGAGACCAGACCCCAGAUGAGAACGACCAGGUCAUCGUCAAGAUCAUCGGGCAUUUCUAUGCCAGCCAGAUGGCCCAGCGGAAGAUACGAGACAUCCUGGCCCAAGUGAAACAGCUGCACCAAAAGGGACAGAGUAACCAGGCCCAGGCACGGAGGAAGUGACCAGCCCCUUCCCUUCGCGGCGACUCAAGGACAACGGGCUGAAGUCGAGAGCGCGUUCUCCCCAGCAGGCCUGAGAAUGAGUGGGAAUCAGGGACCCUUGGGCCGGGAUGUAGACCAGGUUUGCCCGCUUGGCUUGAGGAAAGACGUUCCAGUGAGGAACCCUGAUCCCUCGGCCCCACACGCCCUACCAAUUGGCCCGACACUGCCCGCCCCUCAGGGUGUCACCAUGGAAAUUCUAGCUCAGGGUGCUUUUAAACGUGGAUUGUUGAAGUAAGUUCUCCAGGUCCCACCAAGAGAGUGGGUCAGGCCCCAGUGGGAAGAGAAAUAAAAUUUCCUUCAGGUUUUUAAAUCAUGCAGAGGGGUGUUUUAAUCAGCCUCAAAGGAUGGUUUGCUUCUCAACCCGAAAAUCCUUCCAGCCUUCUCCUACUUGGUUCGUUGAUUAAAAUACCUCUACUCUCGUGCCCUGACAUAACCUCUUCCUAUAUAGCCUCUUCCUGAAGUCACGCUAAUUGUUUUAUCUGUACUGCUACCAGAAAAGGUGGGAACCAAUGAAUGCAUUGUUUUGCUUACGUUAUUGACUCAGAGGAGAAGACACACCAGCAUCUAUAGUUUAAGUCCACUCCUUCCCUAACCGACCAGUAGGAACAGCAAGGAAUAAAGAACGGGGGAGAAAUGUGAUUAAACUGUAUAGUAAUCCACGUUUAAAAGGAGUGCCCUUAUGGCCGAUCUAGUCCAGAUCGCCAUCUUGAAAAAUUGGCGCGAUGAAAAUGUUCUCCACUCUGUCGGGACUUCCCCACCGAGAUUCCCUGCCCCGUUCACGUCCUUCUCCCCAUCUAGGUGCACAUGGGCGGUAGUGAAUGCUCGGCGGGGUAGGGGCUGACCACUGUACUGUCCCUGAUUCCCACCAUUCUCAGGCAGAUUUUAUAUUUUUUUAAAGUCUAUUUUAAUGAUUGGAUAUGAGCACUGGGAAGGGGACGUAACUCCCCUUGAUAAAGUCUCAGUUCCAUGGAGGACUUGAGUGGCCCCAAAGGCUGCCACUGUGCCCUCACUCCAGCCCGUGUGCUCCUAUAAGGGCUGGUUCCCAGAGGCAGGGGUUGUGGGGCACUCCCCCGCCACGGCACUGUUCCCUUGGUGGAGGUGGGAUGUGGAACCCAACCCCGAGCUCCCGGUCAAGCUGAAGUCCACCAUCUGGCGUACGUUAAUGAAUAUUCAGUAAAUGGGAGAGUAUUUGCUUCUGUCGUUAUCCCAGAGGCAUAUUUAACCGAUGGCUUCUGCCUCCGUGAAUCAUCGGCAUGACAAAAGUUGUGCCUAAAAAACAAAGUUCAAAAUACCAGCAACCUUAUGCACAAAGGGGUAAAUAAGCUUAAUUUAUUAAUUUACCAGGCUCAGUAAGAUCCCGUUGGAAGUUCAGCCCUUGUGGAAGACAGCAGCCAUCAGUUGAAUGAGGUUGGGCCUCCCCUCCUAAUAUACUGAUUGUCAACGCAUAUCAGCCAGGUGGUGCACUUUAGUUAGCUACCUUGGACAAUGCUAUCAAGUGUGCUGGGAAGGGAGGAAGGCCUCUCUGCAUGUGGAAAAGCCCAUGCGUGGAGUCCCCUCCUUCCGACACUGCAACAACAGUAGUAACAACGAGACAACCAUGACACGUGGGCGGAGUCAGUCAGGUAAUGCUGUGCGCGAAGUAAACUACCUCAAGGUAUGAAGUUACCUCAGCAAUUACUUUCCUUUUUGUUCCCCCCACCUUUUUUUAACCUUUUUUUUUUUUCUUUGCGGCUUGCUGAUAUUUUAUAUAAAAAAGAAAAGCAAAGCAAAAGAGAAGCUGAUAGUCUUGAAUAUUUUAUUUUUUUAAUGAAAAGAAAAAAAAAAACGAGAAAGUUAUGUUUCAUAAUUUCUUACAACAUGAGCCAGUGUAAGCCUUUAGGAUCUCUCUAUGGAGAACAGGCCCUAUGGGAAGGGCAGCAGGGGCUGGCUCUUUGGGAGGAGGCUGGGGCUCAGCGGCCCAAGGUGGAGAGAGCCCGGGGCGAGGCCCUGAUCUCUGACCCCCAGAUUCCGAAGCCACUGGCCUCUCCUGGGAAAUCCCGCCUGCUGGGGAUUCAGAGACCUAGCAGAGCUGUGGGCCUCCAGUGGCCAAACGGCAGUCCCCAGCCACCUGCUCAUGGCGUCUCCUCUCUCCCUUUUUGGUUAAAGGGCAUCCCAGCCAGUUCUCCCCACCAGUGGUGCUGUUGAGAUAUUUUUAAAUAAUUGCCUCCGUUUUAUCGAGGAGUGAAAUAAUAUCUAAAAAGUAUACCCACUUAAAAAAACAAAAACAAAAACCCCUCUAUUUCUCUUUCUAGAAGUAUGGGAGCCAAGAUUCCGUUGGUGGAAGAGACACAGCUGCUCUCUUGCCCUCAGAGAGGUCCACCUGGUUUGUCAUUGCAGUCUUUUCUUUUUUUGGUGUUGUUUUCAUUUCAGUCCCAUCUCGCUGUUCCUUUGGGUCUGCGUCAACAGACCAAGGAGCAGACAGACACUCAGAUGAUUGCCCCUUCGUCUCCUGUCAUCUUUAGAUUGAUCUGAUUGGUUCUAACAGUGGACCCGAACCUAAAGGAAUUCUUGAUUUAGGGUGGUGGGGGUAAGAAGCGGUAGGGGGGUAUGGGAAUGUGACCGGGGACAGGUUCCUGCCUCGCUCGUGUCUUAUCCUUGCGUCCCCAUGACAUUCCUUUACAACCUCCAGAACUGUCUACCCCAAAGAGAGGAAGAAGCAGGAGAGCAUUUAGGGGCGAUACCAGGCCUAUGGAAUUGAGCUUCCCACCUGCCCUAACCACAAGGAAAGGGUCUCCCAACUUCCAUCUCUGGCUCUAUAUGCUUUAGCCCAAAAUGAAGCAGAUAACGUUCAGACAUCGGCCAUUCGGUGAUUUAAGGCGAAUUUCCAGCAGCAAGCAUGCUUUAAUAUCCGGUUCAAACUACCAGCAGAAAAACAAAAAACAAAAACCAACAAAC